GGUAGCGGGGUAGCGUUUUACUCAAGCUAAUAACAAAUAUAUUUCUAAAGAGUAAGCCGUUACUUCCGAAGCCAAUUUACUCCAGACGGAAGGCGAUAUCAGUUAUAUUAUAGCACCAGAGGGGUCAUCAUCAUGACUGCAGACAACGACCUGGAGAUUAAAGAGGCCUUUCAGCGAGCCCAGAAGCCACACAAUAACAAGGUCAAACUUGCCGCAAGCCUUAAAAGCAGAUACAACAAGUUGGAGGACAAAACUGCCUUCCAUGAGGAGUUCAUCCACUACCUGAAGUAUGCCAUGAUAGUCUACAAGAGGGAGCCGGCAGUGGAGAACGUGAUCGAUUUUGUCACCAAGUUUGCCAUCAACUUUGAGGCGACCGGCAGUGAGGAGCAAGAGGAGGAGGAGGAGCAGCCGGACGACCACCCCUUCCUGAGCUUCCUAUUUAACUUCCUCCUAGAGUCCCACAAUGCCAACAGCCACGCAGUGCGUUUCCGCGUCUGCCAGAUCAUCAACAAGCUUUUGGGCAGCAUGUCUGAGAACGCCCUGAUUGAUGACGAGCUCUUUGACCAGAUCCACGAGACCAUGCUGAUUCGCGUCACGGACAAGUUCCCCAACAUUCGCAUCCAGGCCGCCCUGGCCAUGGCCAGGCUGCAGGAGCCCCAGAAUGCCGACUGCCCCACCAUGAAGGCGUAUAUGCUGAUCCUGGAGAACGACUCCAACCCUGAGGUGCGCCGCGCCGUCCUGUCCUGCAUUGCUCCCUCUGUCAUCUCUCUGCCCAAAAUCUUGAAACGCACACGGGACGUGAAGGAGAGGGUCCGCAAGCUGGCUUAUGAGGUUAUGGCAGAGAAAGUGCACAUGCGAGCAUUGACCAUCGCCCAGAGAGUAAGCCUCCUUCAGCAAGGCCUUCACGACUCCUCAGAGGUGGUCAAGGACGUGGUUAAGAGCAAGCUUCUGCCGGCUUGGCUGCGACUGGUGGACGGCAAAGUGCUGGACCUGCUCCACAAGCUGGAUGUGGAGAACUUCACGGAGAUCACCUGUGAGGUGCUCCACGCCCUGUUCGCCAGGGUGGGCAGCCUGGAGGAACUCCAACAGGAUGGACUCAGUCUGGAUAGCAGGAAGCUGAUCCCGGCGGAGACUCUGACUUGUGAGAAUGUGCUGUACUGGAGGGCGCUAUGUGAGUUUGUCAAGCAGAAGGGCGAUCAGGGAGAGGAGGUCCUGGAACAGCUCAUUCCAGAGGCGGUCAUCUUUGCAGAGUACCUCUAUGGCUACCUGAAGAGCAUCCCGAUGCUGGGGCAGGACCAGAUGGCGGAUGACCAGCAGCUGGACGAGGUGCUGUCCAAGGAGUUCAUCGGCAAGCAGCUCAUCCUGCUGGUGGGCUGCCUGGACACCGCCGAGGAGGGAGGACGGAAGCGAGUGCUGGCGGUGCUCCAGGAGAUGCUGGUGCUACCCAACACCCCCAUCUCCCUCAUCUCCCUGCUGGUGGAGAGGCUCAUGGGCAUGCUGAAGGAUGACGAUCGACGCAUACAAGUGAUUGCUGAGAUCAUCUCUGAGGUGCGGGAGCCCAUAGUGCACGUCAGCGAACCCAUCGACGAGAACGAAAACAGGAGGAGAAAGGUCAAGAUGGCGGAGGGCAAGGUGCAGAUCAUGGAGGCCAAGCAGGCGCUGGAGGAGGCCAUCGCGACGCAGGACUUUGGGCGCGCGGCCGAGCUGAAGGAGCACAUCUCUGGCCUGGAGACCACACAGGUCCAGCUGGCAGCGGAGGUGGACCAACCCAGUAUCCGAGAAAAGGAGGUCCGCGUCGAGAAGAGCGACCCCGAGACGUUGCUGAAGUGCCUGACCAUGUUUGUGGAGGUGAUGAAGCAGAUGAACCUCAAGAAGAGCAUCAGCCCCGCCAUAAACGCCCUCAUCGAGUCUCUGGUCCUGCCCAGUAUCGCCAAUCCAAACACGGCGGUGAGGAACGUAGCCGUGAUGUGCCUGGGCACGUGUGCUCUCCACAGCAAAGACUUUGCCAACCGACACCUGGUGCUUUUACUACAGAUCAGCCAGCUGGAUGAGCCCAAGGUGCGCAUAAACGCGGUGAGGGCCCUAAUCGACCAGCUGCUCCUGAACGGCCUGGACAUCGUGGGCCAGACAAAUGGCAAGAAGCUGGACGACAGCGACGCGGAGGCUGCAGGCAGCCAGGAGGGGGAGGUGGAGUCGGAGGAUGGCCAGAGCACCGUGCAGAGCAUCCUCACCAUGCUUGCUGACUUCCUAGACAGCGAGGACACUGAGCUGCGUACGGAGGUGGCGGAGGGCCUGGCCAAGCUGAUGUACUGCGGGCGCAUCAGCAGCCCCAAGCUCCUGUCACGUCUGCUGCUGCUGUGGUACAACCCAGUCACAGAGGACGACACCAAGCUGCGCCACUGCCUCGGGGUCUUCCUGCAGCUCUACGCCAGGGAGAACAGGGCCCACCAGGACUGCAUCGAAGAGAGCUUCCUGCCCACCAUCCGCACGCUGGUCCAGGCACCGAGCACCUCCCCGCUGGCCGAGGUGGACAUGUCCAACGUGGCUGAGCUGCUCAUCGAGCUAACUCGACCCUCCAUCCUCAACAGCCAGAAAGACGCCGCCCUACAGGGUUUGUCGGUUCACGACAGCCUGGCGGUGCGUCUGUGUGACGAGAUCCUGCGGGACCCCAAGGCCCCCGAGAUGCGGCUCUACACCAAGUGCCUGAGCUGCCUGGAGCUCAGCAGCGAGGACGGCCCCCACAAGAACGACCUGCUCCUACUCCUCAAGGAGGUCCAAGAGGAGGUGAAGAACAAGGUCUGCCUUCGGGUGCUGGAGAAGGUGGCGAGUCGCCUGAAGGGCGAGCCCAAGACGCAGCCCCCGCUUCCCGACACCACGCUGCAGGCUCUGGACGACAACGCAGGCGAUGUGGAUGAUCUCAACAACAAGAGGCCCAGAAGAGGAGCUCGGGCGAAACCUGUGGCUGCCAGGGCCAGGAAAGGCAGCAAGGCACGGGAGUCUUCAGAGGAAAGUGAUGGAGAAAACAUUCCAGACACACCUGUGGUUCAGAGACCCAGCCGCCGGGGGAAGACGGCUCCUUCAGACAAGACCAAGCAGGACUUGUCCACUCUCUUGGACAAAGAAGCCAAUGGCUCAUAACCAUCCAGCAUUGUGGGGGGAGGGGAGUACUCUUCUGUGACUUGUGUUUCAGUUUUACAUCAACUUUUAAAAAUGUUUUUCUCUCCACUCUGUGUGACUUCUUGCUGACACUUUGUUCGUACUCCUUUGGUAGCACUAUCCUGACAAUAAUCCUAUAUAUACCGGUAACAACUCAUUUUAUAACUCUUUCUGUCACCUGUAAAUAUUUUACUAUUUCGCUUUCAAGACACUUCAUUUCACACAUCUCAUUGUGACAUCUCAUAUGCGAUAUCUGUUUUUAUAUAACAACAAAAUAAAACUACAGAACUGCAAAAGUGA